UUACUGAGGCCACCAGCUCUGUUACCAUGGAACCACUAGGUUUCAAAAGGGGCAUGACUGAGUUGAUGGACCAGGGCCUUGACGUGGAAGUGAUGGCCACAGAUCGCUCAACAUCUAUUCAAAAAAUAAUGAGGGAAGAAUUUCCUAAUGUCCAACAUCAGUUUGACAUCUGGCACACAGCAAAAGGUUUCCGGAAGAAGAUGCAAAGUAAGGGGAAGAAAAAGGCCAAUGAAAUCAUCCAUGCAUGGACCAGGUCUGUCGUAAACCAUAUGUGGUUUGCCUGUGCGACAAGUAUGGGUGACGUCAAUUCCAUUACACACCACGUAUGUAACGUGCAUGAGUGGACAGAUGAAAACGGAGAACAGCAUCAUUGUGACCAUGCUCCUCUAACAACCAAGGAGCAAAAGAAGCGCAUGUGGAUGAAAAAAGAUUCUCUGGCAUUUCAGAACCUGUCAUCGCUGGUCCUUGACAAAAGGCUUCUGAAGGACAUGGACAAGAUGGCACUGUUCAAACAUACAGGCCCACUUGAAGUCUUCCACAGUGCACUUCUAAAAUACCUACCCAAACGCCAGGCAUUCUCAUUUCAGGGAAUGAGGGAGCGAUGUCACCUUGCCAUCCUAGAGCAUAAUGAGAAUAUUGUCAAGAGGAAGCAGGACACAACCAAGACAGGUAUGUUGUCAUGUGUUGUCUGAGUAGUAUAAUAUGA